AUGAUCUCCAUCACAUGUAGUGCCGAUUUUGGAAGAAUGUCACAUACAGCCAUAGUAGCAGAGAAGCAUAUACCAGCCUGGAAAAGACUUGGUCUCAAACUAAAAUCACAACUGCCAACUGAUAACAGCAUCCAGUUUGAUAACAAAAAUCAAUUGAAGAGGAAGCGGUCUUCAUUAGAAAAGGACAGCGUUGUGAGCAACAAGAUCAAGAAGACAGAAAAAAGAACAAUCGAGCCUGUUAUCCGAAAGCCUAGCACCCCAACCUCUACCCAGGGGAAGUUAGUAAAGUUUACUCCCGAUACCAAAAUUGACGAUGGCGAUAGCAUUAAGAGGUUAUACAAUUCUUGGGCUGCCGAUCAAAAGCCCCACAGUGCCAUAUUUAACCCAAAAUCUAGCAAAGGAAAGCAGAAUUCAUCUCAAGUCUCUGACCCUUCAAAGAAUAAUGAUAUAAACCUUGAGGAAACUGGAAAAAAUAGCAAAGGCUCAAAGCGACCCAAAGGCAAAAAAAACACUUCGAGUCCGUUAAAUGUUUUAAAGCCUUCAAAAUCCUCUACUUCUGAUACUACUGAAACAAGCAAAAUCCCGCCAUUUCUCUCCUACCUCGAGCAGUACCAUAACAAUAGAGAGACCUGGAAAUUUAAAAAGAACCAUCAGUCUCAAUUGUUACAGCAUAUUUUUGACCCCAAAUUUGUUCCAUCCGAUCAUAUUCACCUAGUAUACGACUAUAUAAAAGGGUUACAAGGCUUAGUUCGAACCAGAUUAAGAGAUACAGCUCUAGCUAUUAAAGUACAGGAUCAAGAAAAUGGGUUGGCUGAGUUUACAACAGAGUUACAAAAACAAGAGAAUGUACAGGAAGAAUACGAUAUGGCAAUAAAGGAUUAUAUUGCAAACUCCUCGGCACUUGUAGUUCGUCAACUCGGUUACGAGGAAGAACUAGUGAUGAAAUUUACUGAAAAAGAAAUCAAAGAUCGAUUUAUUAAACGGACGAGAGCUGAGAUGAUAAUAAAUGAAUUGGCGUCUUCUCCUGACACUGCAAGAUCAGUUUGCGAUACCCCAAUUGAAUUAUCAAAAGAGGCAUCAAGUAGUGGUGUUUUGCAGAAGAACGCUCGCAAGCGGAAGCAAAGGACGGUCGUUGAUGAAUCUUCGAGUGAGAGUAGUUCCAGCGAUAGUAGUUCUGAAGACAGUAGUUCUGAAGAAAGUAGCGCAGAAGAUAGUAGUUAA